CAGUGUGGUUCAAUACAGUUUAUUUUUGUUGCAAGAAAUGCCAUUAGAUUUCAUUUUUUAAAUCAUAAAGUAAUCCAUUCAUGUACAAGAAAUUAAACCGAAUUCUCUUAAAUUCUCUGCAGUUAAAUUCAAAUAAUGAACUUUAAUUUUAAUACGGUAAGAUGUGGCAUCUAUUUUAAAAAGGUUUAAAAAAGUUGCCUCGGGAAUCUAAGUUAUUACAUUAUAUCUAUUAGCUGUAGUCACAUAAGAUACUGAUCAUUCCUGUGAAUGAUUUUGAUGUGAUGCUAAGAAAUCAGCACAAGCUCAUACUAAAUAUGACUUAAAAGGCUGAUGGAAAUGUUAGAAAGAGGUCCAGAGAUUUUGAUUUUGGUUUCAUUUGGAUGGGUGUUUUUCUUAGUAUUAAUGUCUCCUGUCUUCCUUCCUUUGUCACUACCCUGCCUUUUCAGUGCCUCAUUAAAAAUAAUCACACCUCUUGAACGUUUCACAUUUGUUAUGUACAAAAACAAACUUAAGUUUAUUUUAUUGGUAUUUUAUGUGAUUGACCAAUGCAAAGUUGUGCACCUUUGUGAGGUGGGAGUGUAAUGAUACAUGUAAUGAUUCAUAUUUUUUUACAUUUAAAAAUAUCAAAAGUGUGACAUGCAAUUCCACACAGCCCCACCUUUUGGUUAACUUAAAGCUGCAGGCCUUUUAUAAUAUGUCUAUAAUAUAAUGUGUUUUUGAACAAUCGCUUUCUUCUUACCACUUUAAUAAAGGCCAGAUUUAUGGAUUGCACGACUCUAGUUGUCUGUUGAUAGAUUCUCCCACCUAAGAUGUGGAUCUCUGGUGCUCUCCUAUAGUUGCCAAGGAAGGCAAUUGACUGCACUGUACUUUAUUUUGAAGUAUUAGAAUAAAUGAGGAUGAACACACACACACACACACACACACACACACACACACACACACACACAUAACUAUUUUCAGAUUUGAAUUUGUAAAAACAAAAAUAAAAUCCCUAACUUGACCCACAACGAUCUUCAUGUCACCUUCAUUAUGUUUGACUUUUUUUUCAUCAGUUGAUUACAUAAACUCCGCCUAAAUGUAUGUGGCUGUAAUGUGAUAAAAUUCAAGCGAGAAGGAUACUCAUGCAAGGCACUAUUUGAAUUUUGUAUACAACCAAAAGAAAAGCUUGAUUAAGUAUGAUUAAGUUGCAUGGCAGAUUGUCACAUCAGUUAUUGUCCUCUGAUUUGUAUCUUAUAUUGUUGCUUUUUUUUUUUUUCUCUAAAAGCUUAUCAGUCUUGAAUAAUCAAAGGAAGAAAAGUACACAGGGGAUGCGUCUCUGUGCGUCUAGUUUCUGUCCAAGGUGCUGAAAUCUGCUGCUCCGGGCACAGAUCACAUGACUGCGCUUCCUUCUGCCUUCUGAGGGCAGGAUGCUCGCUGAGUGUGUGCGCGCGCGCUCUCAUGCACGCGGGCGGCUCUGUGCCUCAUCAUGAGCGGUCGGCAGGGCUGAUCUGACACGGCGUCGGGUCCUCCGUACUAUGCCCGCAGCGUGGUGAGCUUCGAGUGGUCUGGAUGCGCCUCUGUGACUGCGCGCAUAUCAGUUUCUUUCUUGUUCUCCCCCCAGCAACAAAGUCUUUGGAAAAGGGGCGAUGAGAGGAACUCAGGAGUGGGCUGAAGGUGCUCACCAAGUCUGACUGUGCUGUGGAGGUGCAGAGCCAGAAGAAAAAAUGUAAGAAUCCGCAGGCGAGCCUCUCGGAUUCCCAGCCACAAUGCAGAAAGGGAUGAGACUCAACGACGGCCACAUCACCUAUCUGGCCCUUUUGGCGAAGAAGGACGGGACGAGGCGAGGCUUCUUGAGUAAGAAAAACUCAGACAACACAAAAUGGCACUCGAAGUGGUUCGCCCUGUUGCAGAAUAUGAUGUUUUAUUUCGAGAAUGAGUCCAGCUCACGCCCCUCCGGACUGUACCUGUUGGAGGGAUGUGUCUGUGACCGGGCUCCGUCACCGAAACCGUCUCUGUCAGCGAAGGAAUGCUUAGAGAAGCAGUAUUACUUCACUGUCACGUUCAGUCAUGAGAACCAGAAGCCUUUGGAGCUGCGUACAGAAGAAGUCAAGGACUGCGACGAAUGGGUGGCUGCCAUCACACAGGCCAGUUACAGAAACCUGGCUACAGAGCAUGAGACCCUCAUGCAGAAGUAUCUUCAUCUGCUCCAAAUAGUUGAGACAGAGAAAACAGUAGCUAAACAACUUCGACAACAGAUAGAGGACGGGGAAAUAGAGAUAGAAAGGCUAAAAUCUGAGAUUGCUGGACUUCUGAGGGAUAAUGAAAAGAUCCAGUCAAAUCCAGAGGUACCGCCAAGUGAGGAUGACACUGAGAUCAAAAAGAUCAAGAAGGUGCAGAGCUUUUUGCGAGGUUGGAUUUGCCGCAGGAAGUGGAAAACCAUCAUCCAGGACUACAUCCGUUCCCCCCAUGCUGAGAGCAUGCGGAAGAGGAACCAGGUGGUGUUCAGCAUGCUCGAAGCAGAAGCCGAGUAUGUUCAGCAGCUCCACAUCUUGGUCAACAACUUCCUGCGGCCGCUCCGCAUGGCAGCCAGCUCCAAGAAACCGCCUAUCACCCACGACGAUGUCAGCAGCAUCUUCCUGAACAGUGAGACCAUCAUGUUCCUCCACCAGAUCUUCUACCAGGGCCUUAAGGCCAGGAUAGCCAGCUGGCCAACACUGGUGCUGGCCGACCUGUUUGACAUCCUGCUGCCCAUGUUGAACAUCUAUCAAGAGUUUGUGAGGAACCAUCAGUAUAGUUUGCAGAUCCUGGCCCACUGCAAGCAGAACAGAGACUUUGAUAAACUGCUGAAACAGUAUGAGGCCAAGCCUGACUGUGAGGAAAGGACACUGGAGACAUUCCUCACUUACCCCAUGUUCCAGAUCCCUCGCUACAUCCUGACGUUGCAUGAGUUACUGGCGCAUACUCCUCAUGAGCACGUGGAAAGAAACAGUUUAGACUAUGCCAAGUCAAAACUGGAGGAACUCUCCAGAAUCAUGCAUGAUGAGGUGAGUGAAACAGAGAACAUCAGGAAGAACCUGGCCAUCGAGCGUAUGAUUGUAGAAGGUUGUGAAGUGCUGCUUGACACCAGCCAAACAUUUGUGAGACAAGGUUCUCUAAUCCAGGUGCCAAUGAGUGAGAAAGGGAAAAUCACAAGAGGCCGUCUGGGCUCUCUGUCUCUGAAGAAGGAAGGGGAGAGACAGUGCUUUCUCUUUACCAAGCAUCUCAUCAUUUGUACCAGAGGCUCUGGAGGAAAACUUCACAUCACAAAGAAUGGAGUGGUGUCUCUCAUUGACUCUACCCUGAUGGAGGAGCCUGAGGGGACAGAUGAUGAGUCCAAAGGGGAGCGAAGCGGCCAGGAUGCAGAGCACCUGGACUUUAAAGUCAUGGUGGAGCCCAAGGAGGGCCAGCCUUACACUAUCAUCCUUGUAGCUUCAUCUCGACAGGAAAAGUCAGCAUGGACAAGUGACAUAAGUCAGUGCAUCGACAACAUUCGCUGCAAUGGUCUGAUGAUGAACGCCUUCGAGGAAAACAGUAAAGUCACAGUACCACAGAUGAUUAAGUCAGACACCAGCUUGUACUGCGAUGAUGUCGACAUUCGCUUCAGUAAGAUGAUGAACUCGUGCAAGGUGCUACAGAUCCGCUACGCCAGUGUGGAGCGCCUGUUGGAGAGGCUAAUCGACUUACGCUUUCUCUCCAUUGACUUUCUCAAUACCUUCCUCCACUCAUACCGCGUCUUCACCAGCGCAGACAUAGUACUGGACAAGCUUAUCACCAUCUACAAGAAACCAAUCAGUGCCAUCCCUGCACGCUCUUUAGAGCUCUUCUUCGCCAGCAGCCAGAACAACAAACUCCUUUACGGUGAGCCACCCACGUCGCCACGUGUCAGCCGCAAGUUCUCCUCCCCACCUCCUCUUUCCAUCACCAAGAAUUCCUCUCCGAACCGCCGACGCAAACUUUCGCUCAACAUCCCCAUCAUCACUGGGGGCAAGGCCUUGGAUCUCGCUGCACUCAGCUGCUCUCCCAAUGGCUAUGCAAGCAUGCACACAACCAUGUCCCCCUUCAGCAAGACCACACUUGACAUUAACAAGCUCUACGUGUCUAGCACAAUGGCCAGCAAAAUCCCUGAUGAGGGAGAGCCCAAAGCCGAGGGCAAAGUUGAAGACUUGGUUCCCAGCAAGCAAGAUCUGUCUGUCAGAGAGGAAUGUGAUGAAGAGCCGAGUCAGAGUGAUGAGGCAGAAUCAGAAAUGUCUCCGCCCAAGUCCCCGUCGACACCCAAGAAUGUAAAGUCCAAAAAUUCAGAAUUUUCCCUGUUCUCCUUUAACAAUGGCAUCGUGGUGUCUUCUUGCCGGGAGCUUGAGAAUAACCGCAGUGCCCUAUCUGCUGCCUCAGCCUUCGCCAUUGCCACAGCUGGUGCCAAUGAGGGAACGCCAACCAAGGAAAAGUACCGCCGUAUGUCCCUCGCUAGCACAGGUUUUCCUACAGAUCAGAGGAACGGAGACAAAGAGUUUGUUAUUCGCAGAGCUGCUACAAAUAGAGUCCUGAAUGUGCUGCGUCACUGGGUGUCCAAACACUCACAGGACUUUGAGCUGAACACAGAACUGAAGAUGCGGGUAAUUGGCUUCCUGGAGGAGGUGAUGCAUGACCCGGAGCUCCUGACACAGGAAAGAAAAGCAGCUGCCAACAUUAUCAGGACUCUCACCCAGGAGGAUCCUGGAGAUAGCCAGGCCAGCAUUGAGGAGAUUACACAGAUGGCCAUGGAAGAAAGUAAGACUGAACCAUUUGAGAACCACUCUGCCUUGGAGAUUGCUGAGCAGCUCACAAUGUUGGACCACUUGGUCUUUAAAGUCAUCCCAUAUGAAGAGUUCUUUGGACAAGGAUGGAUGAAGAACGACAAGAAUGAGAGAACACCAUACAUAAUGAAAACAACCAAGCAUUUUAAUGAUAUCAGUAACAGAAUCGCCUCAGAGAUCCUUCACUGGGAUGAUGUCAACAUGCGGGUGGCAGUGAUCGAGAAGUGGGUGGCCGUAGCGGAUAUCUGCCGCUGUCUUCACAACUACAAUGCCGUGCUGAAGAUCACAUCCUCGCUCAACCGGAGCUCCGUCUUCCGCCUCAAGAGGACCUGGCUUAAAGUGUCCAAGCAGACGAAAACUGUGAUCGACAAGUUGCAAAAGCUGGUGUCAUCAGAGGGCCGCUUCAAAAACCUAAGGGAAGCUCUGAAAAACUGUGACCCUCCAUGUGUUCCUUAUUUGGGAAUGUACCUGACUGACUUGGCCUUCAUUGAGGAGGGUACACCAAACUACACAGAAGACAACCUGGUCAACUUUUCUAAGAUGAGAAUGAUUUCUCACAUUAUCAGAGAGAUUCGACAAUUUCAGCAAACAGCUUACAAGAUAGAUUUUCAGCCUAAGGUGGCAAAAUACCUGCUGGACAGCAGCACAGUAAUGGACGAGGAGAGCCUGUAUGAAGCAUCUCUGAGAAUUGAGCCCAAAACGUCAUCGUAAAGAGGAAUUCUGUCAUGAUUAGAUGCAAAUGCAGAAGGUUUCAACAUGUACAUUUAUCAUUAUUUGUAUUAGACACAAUAGGCUGUACCCUCCUUGUAUUUGCUUCCAACUGAACUCUGUGAAUUAUUGUUAUUAGAAACUGAGUAGAAGCCCACAGAGGUUUUAUUUCUAUAGUUAUAGAGUAUUUAUAUGUUCUAUAUUGUCUUAAAUGCUAAUUUAUGACCUGUUUAUUUUGCACUAGAGGGCAGAUAGAAAAGAAAGUUUACAGACUUAUUUAAUUGUAUUUAAGUGCAAGUCACUGUAAAUCAAAACUCUCAUUCAUGAGAGAACGGCACUUUGUAGGAAGUCAAGAGUCUGCAGGAACUAUUGAAAAGGCUUCAUGGAAGUUCCUUUUACAAAAUUAUUUAUCUUGACAAAAAUCACACAAAUGGUAUUUUCAGGUUGCUGUACAAUCAGAUUCUAAGACAAUUUUUAAGAUUGCAGUCUACGUUGAGCGUUACUCUGCACAUAAAAAUCAAAACAGUAGCAAGAUAGAGGUUCCUUUCCCAGUUUUCUCCAAAUUACUUUCCCAGUUAAUUUUCCAAACUUAGAAGAUACAUUGUCGGAACUUUUAUUAGAAUUUUUACUGACUUUCCCAGAAUUGACCAGAUACUGUCCAGGUCCUUAGUAUCUACUUAGCCUGAGCUUAGACGUUACUUUCUGGAAAAUUACCAGAUGCUUUCCUGGAACUAAGAUGUUACUUUUUUGGAACUUGCCAAGUAUUUGUCCAAACACUACUAGGUACUCUCUCAGAACUCAGAGAUUAAUUUCCAGAACUUCCCCAGUACUUACUUAAAAAUUAGAGACUAUUUCCCAGGAAAUUACUGGAAUUUAUAUGGAACUUACUAGUUGUUUAGAACUUAUCAGGUAACUUUCUAAAACUUACCGGAC